AUGGCGACUGCCCUUUCGGGUCGCCGCUCUGGUGUUAGCCAUGGUCAUUCACUCCAGAGACGUGCUGCACCUGUACCGGCGACGGCUACCAUGUUACUACUGCCGAUAUCGAAGCAUUCAAUACUGGUUCCUGGGACUGGCGGGGCUGUUCCCCAAGAUGCAGCAGGGCGAUUUCGUUUGUCUCAGUUCGGGUGCUUUUCCAAUGCCGGUUGCUCUUCCACAGGCUACCUGCGGUCCACAGGUUAUGGGACGAUGCGACCUGACAACUAUGCCAACCUCGCCGCACUAAACCCAUGCCCUUCAGAUAAAUGCGACCACUGCAUCCAAGCCUUCCGCAGUUUCGACCACCACAAAGGCAAGCACAAUCUCAAGUUUGCGCCAUACAACUUCGAAGGUGACGACGAGUUCAAAGACAAGCACAACUCUCAAAGCGACUACAACUUCCAAGGCGACCACCACUUCAACCAAAACCACCAAAAAGGCAGUCCCGUUAACAAAAACCACCAGCGAGGUGAAUCCAACGGAAACAUGCAGCUCACACUCUAUGAGGACGCAGAUUGCAAAGGCAAUUACUUCUCUAUCUAG